AUGUCAGAAGACCGGAAACCUUCUCAACAACAGUUUCCAAUAUUUAAACUACGCAUGCUUAAUGAAGCGGACGCAUACUCGGAUACGGAAAUCAUCAAGAAAUUGCUGAACAAAGGCUACGAUUGGCGUGUUCGUCCUCCAGGAAUAAAUCUAACAGUGAAAGGAAGUCAUGGUCCGGUCGUUGUCAGUGUCAACAUGCUGAUAAGAAGUAUUUCAAAGAUCGACGACGUAAACAUGGAGUACAGUGUUCAAUUAACAUUUCGCGAAUCUUGGGUAGACGGUCGAUUAGCCUAUGGACUACCCGGCGACAAUAAACCGGACUUUCUCAUUCUCACAGCCGGGCAGCAGAUCUGGAUGCCCGACAGUUUCUUUCAGAACGAGAAACAGGCUCAAAAACACAUGGUCGACAAGCCAAAUGUGCUUAUUCGAGUGCACAAAGAUGGACAAAUCCUUUAUUCGGUCCGGAUUUCUCUAGUGUUGUCAUGCCCGAUGCAUCUUCAGUACUACCCAAUGGAUGUGCAAACGUGUCUGAUUGACCUCGCCUCAUAUGCGUACACUGACAACGACAUUGAAUAUCGAUGGAAGGAGACGGAUCCUGUUCAACUCAAAGAUGGGCUAAACUCUUCAUUGCCAAGUUUUCAACUAAACAACGUGUCAACUACUUAUUGCACCAGUAAGACGAAUACGGGAACAUACUCUUGCUUGCGAACAAUUUUGGAACUGAGGAGGCAGUUCAGCUAUUAUUUACUGCAACUCUACAUACCGUCCACAAUGUUAGUAAUCGUGUCCUGGGUGUCGUUCUGGUUGGAUAGAACGGCAGUGCCAGCUCGUGUCACUCUUGGUGUCACCACGCUUCUCACAAUGACCACUCAGGCUUCCGGUAUCAAUGCCAAACUACCACCGGUGUCGUACACGAAGGCGAUCGACGUCUGGAUUGGUGCCUGCCUCAUGUUCAUCUUCGGCGCGUUACUUGAAUUUGCCUGGGUGACAUACAUCUCUUCAAGAGCAUUCCACAUAGGCAAGUUUCAGUUAUUUCCCAUAGGAGCCUUAAAGUUGCAACACAAAAUUUCUCGCUCUUUAGAUUUGUUUGAGGGGCCUUAG